AAAAUUUGCAUUUCUUGCAAAUACGUGGAGAAUGAAUUUGCGUUUUGCAAAUGUAACCUGGGAUAGCCGAGGCGCAGAGAAAGGAUUCAUGUAUAAAGGCGCCAUUGGAAAUCAUCCCACAUUGUUCACGAGACGACAGGAGGAGAGAACAGAUGUACUAUUCGAGUUCAUUCGUGGAGGAGAGGGUUAAUUAAAUGACAGACCCCUCCCAUUAUUGACCGACAACAUAUUAAUACGCACAGCAGACUUUGAAAGAAGCCGGUGCUGCUUGGAGAGGCUGAGGUGCUGUCUGAGACUUCGUGGUGCUGAAAGUGCCGCCCGCCGCGAUGUGGUCCGUGCUUUUUGUCUUUCUGUCCUACCUAGACAGAAACUUUGUCAAAGGGGAAUUUUUGACCUCUUUGGAUGCUGAAAAGGAAAGCAAAGAGUUGUUUUACAUGCUGAACAACACCAUGUGCGCAAAGGGUUCAAUGGCAGGUGACUAUCAUCUCCAUCAGGUCACCGAUGGGAUGGAAGAGGUUCGCUCGGUACACGACUCUCAAGGACGUUUGCUCGACUGCUCUGUCAUCCAAAACCAAAUGCAAGUGAAAUCCUUCAUGCACGUAUGCAGACUCGGUUUAAGAGAGCAAAAAGUGAACUCCGAUUUGAAGCCGAGUUUGACCGGGUUGUCGGAAGCCAAAGCGAAUUGUAACAAGUUGAAGACGAAAGGCGACAGAAACGUGAUCGUGACAACAAAACCAAAAGAGUCGGAUGCUGAAAACAACAAUGACAAGCUACGUCGAUCCAAACGAGGCUUCACUUAUCCCGGUACACUUUGGUGUGGUGCGGGAAACAUUGCGGACCAUUAUGACCAACUGGGUGAAUUCGCGGAAACAGACAAAUGCUGUCGCGUGCACGAUCACUGCCCCUACGUCAUUCAUGCGUUCUCCUCCAACUACGGAUACACCAAUUUUAAAUGGCACUCCCUCAGCCACUGCGACUGUGACAAUCAGUUGAAAGAAUGCCUGAGACAAGUCAAUGACACUUCUUCCCGAGUGGUUGGACAAGCCUUCUUUAAUGUGAUCGAAGUGCCCUGUUUUGAGUUCACUUAUGAAGAACAGUGUGUGGAGCGCCACUGGUAUGGGAUGUGUAAAAGGUAUGACAGAGUUCCCGUUGCAGUGAUCAAAGAAUCCAUUCCCUACGACUUUGGGGGCAUUGAUGUCAUUGAUGUAUUAACAAUAGCUCCUUCCGAAUCGAAAGAGUCAGAGGUAGAAAAGCAAGACGAGACUCAAUCAACCCAAUCGACGUUUUCUGAAUCAAAGACUGCCGGCCCUGAAGAGCCCUCGCUCACAAAUGUGGUGACGGCCGCAGAGGAUUUCAUCAAAGUUCUCGCCACGGUCUCCACCUCGCAAAGCUCAUCCACAGAUACAGGAAAAGGAGAAACGCAGACGUCAGAAAGAAAGAAGAAGAAGAAUUCGGGCAAAAAGAAAAAGGAGAACAAAAAGAGAAGGGGCAAGGGUAAAGGCAGAAAGAAAAACCAAAAACUAGACGCCGUGCUGAAGGUCGAUGAAGGAACAUCAGCUCCACCUCCUGCCAGUCAAGUGGAUGAGGUCAUAGGUAAAAAUCAAAACAUUAAAAGAUUAAGCACAACGGAGAACAAUUUCAUGAACGGUGAACUUGAUGCUGUAGGUAAUAAGAUGAUGAGAGAUGAUCCUCAGAGAACGGUUAAUGACAGUCAGGAGGUUGUGUCCACUUCAGCAAGUACAAAAAAAGAUCUAGAGAUACUGCAGCAGGCGCAAGAAAACAACACAUACAUCACACCUACAUCUCACACUGUCCCAACUACCCGUGCCAAGCCAUAAUCCCAAAGCUGAGACACAGAAAUGAAAAGAAAAAGACAAGGAAAAAUACAGAAGCCAUCCAUUCACACUCGAAGGAUGCAAAUUCAACAAAAGGCAUGAACCUCGCAACAUCAACAACAAAGAGUCCCAUUAUUGCGGUAAGGAAAGAGAUGCCACACGGCACAGAGCACAAGGAAGAAAGGAGACCUAUACUCACCACAACCACUCCACAAAAUACACCCAUUGUGAGAACCAAAAGGCCAAAUUCAAGGCAGCGAGAAGGAAGAAAGAGAAUGAAGAAAAUCUUCAAAGCUUCCUCUACAGAAGAUCUCACCUCAGGAGAUGCCCUACUGGAUACAAAUGGGGUGACAGUAGGGCUACUAGAGAGAUUAGGCUUGGACCGGCUCGAAAACCUUACAUCAUCAAGUGCACCUCCAAAAAUCAAAAAAAGUUCAAAGGGCGCCAAGGGAAGAAGAAAAUUUAUAGAGGAACACUCCACAUCUUCCAACGGCAGGCGUGUAGUCAAAAUCUGUUAUGAAGUUGUUUUGCCUGCUGAAACGGAUACAACGCCACUCCCUACUUUGACUCAGGAGGACACCGUAGUUCAGUCAGCAGAUCUUGAGAUGAGUACAACUCCAACGUUACCUCUCGCACAGACUAACACUCCGUCGAUGGUGACGCGCCGUCCUAGAACCCUGAAGGUGAAGAGAACCAAGGAGCGAGGAACCAGGAACAAACGAGGAAAAGCUAAGAGAGAAUGAUAUUUGAUAAGCUCUUCAUGGUGGUCAGUUAUGGUUUAGGCUGCUACAUGAUAUUGAGUGAAGUUGUUUUAAUACGCAGCAUGUUUUUAACUACUCUGUUAUUUUAGAUACACUGAUGUAGAUUGACUGUCAGGUCAAUUUUAUCAAGCAUAUGUUUCUCAACACGAUUUCUGAAUAAAGUAAAUAUAAGCAGUG